CUAAAAUUUCAAGUAAAAAUUGUACAAAAUGUGUGAAAUCCCUGAAAACUUUGUUACCUACGAUAUGGUUCACAAUUUACGCGGCGAUAAAAGUAAAUUUAAAAAGCAUCGCGAUCUGCGACCCACAAAAUACUGGCCUGGUGCGCGUUUUAUGGUUGUCUGCAAAAAUGGGGAUCUGAAUACGGCCACCUAUGCCGUGGCUGGCUUCAUGCAGGAGCCCUUUCAACUAUUUCCCUUGGCCACGGUGGCCGUGCAUAGGUCGAUACGCGAUGAGUUUAUUGCGAUGGUCAGGAGUCGUUUCAGGCAGCUGAAGCCGCAUGUGGCCAAUCAUCCGAACUAUGAGAGAUCGCUGAAUCUAUUGCAAGAUGGCCACAAUCCGGUGGACUAUAUAAUUGCCGAUGAGAAGGAUGCUCCUGCGUGUGCAAGUCCCGUUUUGGUGACGGGUGGCGUUACACAUUUAUAUUUUCCCAGCGGUGCCACGGGCGUCACCACGUUGCACACCUUCGAAACGAUACACGAGGCGGCGGAAAUCUUUUGCAAGGAGCAGCCCAACUUUGAUGCCGUUUACUAUUUCGAUGAGAGUAUUGCUAGUGUCUAUACACUGGCGAAGCACAUCAAGUGCGUGCAGAUUUAUGUGAACUGUUUGGAUGCCUGUCUGCUGGCCAUUAUGCCGUACUACACGUCCAAGGUGCAGACGGUGCUGUACAAGAAUGGUUUCCACUACGAAGUGCUCAAUAUCGGUGGCAGUUGGAAAAUUAUUGUAUUUCCCUAUAGUUCGAGUAUCCUGCGACCCUGCUGCUGUCCUUUGGGCUACUGCCGCUGCUAUGCCAUGCAUACGGUGUGCUGUCAGGAUCAUUUGAAUACACAGUUUUGAAGAGUCCUCUAACUUCCGCUGCUGAUGUCUGCCGUUUCCAAUGACUACUUUUGCGGGAGACUGUGGGCCACACAUGUGUGCCAUAAUUUUCGCGGUAGUUGGCUUUUGGAUUGCCACAACUCAGUCUAUCCUGCUGCUUUGCCUCACUCCUUUUUUGGCCAACAGACUGUCGCCGUUUCGUGGCUUUUAAUAAAAGUUGCUGAGCACAGA